AUAAUCCCAAACAUCUUUCCAUUCAUAAAUCAUAAUCAGAAGCAUUUUUCAUAUACCUGCCUACUAUUUACAUAGUUUUAUUAGCUUUUUUUUUCUGGGGAAAAAAGGUGGAUCGAAGGCAUGGAAAACGUCCGCUUCCAUCCGAAACAUCGGAGGAGAAGAACAAAUCAGCAGCAGCAGCUUCAUGGCCUGAAUCAGAUGAUAUGACGGCCAUGGUUAAUGCUCUCACUCGAGUCAUAAGAACCGAUGAGCAGCAUCAGCAGCAGCUUAUCUUCCGACAAUCAUCAUCAUCUCCCUCAUCUGCGGUGAAACAAGUCCCUGCAGUUCAAGAUCAAGAGAGCACGAGGAAAAAGCAUUACAGAGGAGUAAGGCAAAGGCCAUGGGGCAAAUGGGCAGCUGAAAUUCGUGACCCGAAGAAAGCAGCUCGAGUGUGGCUUGGCACUUUUGACACAGCUGAAGAUGCAGCCCUUGCUUACGAUAGAGCUGCUCUCAAGUUUAAAGGCACCAAGGCAAAGCUAAAUUUCCCUGAACGUGUACAAGAGAAUCAGGAGGUGAGCCAUUUAACCGGCCCCGGAAAUUCAAGCACGGUCCGUUCUGAACAAAAUCCUACGCCGGUAUUCGAACCUUCAUCGUGGUCGACUCAGGAUUCUUACCCUCACUUGUAUCAAUAUGCUCAGCUGCUUUCUAGUAGUAAUGAUGCCGAUAUUUCGUAUUAUACUUCGAAUCUCUUCAACUUAAACCAAGUGCCUUUAUCUCCGCAAUUCUCUUCAAUGUCAGCAUCAUCCACUCCCCCCUCAUCACAGUACUAUUACCCGGAUCCAACACUAUUUUCGACAAACUACGACAGCUCUUCGAGUCUUGAUUAUUAUCCUCAGCAAUACGGGAAGUACUUCGAUCCUAGUAACAGAAGUCAGUAGAGGAAUAUAACUUAUCAAGUUCGUACAUGUUUCAAGAGGGCAUGUGCACCAAGCAAGGAGAAAGAACGCCCUAUUCCGAGUCCCUAGCUCCCGCUCCUUGAUGAUCACUAUGCUCUUACUAAUUUCCUUUUUUCUUAUUUCAUGCAUGAUUUCAACUGGUGCCACUCUUAGUAAAAGAAUUACAUAUGUGCACUGUAAUUCAGAUAUAUGAAUAGGGAGAGAUAGUAUGAUUCAUAUUUUAUAUGAGCA